GCGCCCAUCUCCAGUUACCAUCAUGAGCUUGUUAACAUAGACAUGCCUCUUCUCACACACUUACCGCGCUCUCGGCCAUACGUAUGCCGCCGGUGCUUUCUGAAUCGGCCCAUCAUACCCCUCGCGAGACGAUCAAUCGCCAAAUGGGCUGCUCAGCACCCCGAGGCGGAUGCGCAAUGGGAGGAGCAGUCAAUGAUGAUCCAGACCGGCGCCCGCCCGAGUAUGCUGAAUAUUCUUGAAGGGCGAGGUUUUGUAAAAGACAUUGCUGGCCCCCGCGAAGCCCUCGAUUGGCUUUUGACCCGCAAACGAAUCGGCGCAUACGUCGGCGUAGACCCUACGGCUCCUUCUCUCCAUGUGGGCCACCUGCUUCCCAUGAUGGCUCUAUUCUGGAUGUAUAUGUACGGCUAUCAUACCGUUUUGCUCCUGGGUGGUGGCACAGUUCAGAUCGGGGAUCCAUCCGGGAGGACGACAGAUCGAGCGCGACAGGAGUAUGAUGUCCGUGCUAUGAACGUGCAGAAUAUGCAACAGCAGCUGCAGGGGCUCUGGACUCACGUCAAGGCUCUGGGUAUUAAACACGACUACCCAAUUGAGACGAGCCGAAGCAAGGCACUCCUGAACAAUGCUUCUUGGUUGAAGGACUUGAGCGCUAUAGAGCUAAUGCGUGAUCUUGGAUCAGGUAUGAGGCUAGGUCCCAUGCUCGCUCGUGAUUCCGUUCGCUUGCGUAUGGAGAGUGGUGAAGGCAUGCCAUUUUCCGAAUUCUCCUACCCGCUCUUUCAGGCAUAUGACUGGUGGAGUAUGUACUCCACUCAAGGCGUACAACUUCAGCUUGGCGGGUCAGAUCAAUAUGGCAACCUCUGUGCCGGGAUGGAUGCCGUGAACCACAUGCGAAAGAUCCAUCGAGCAGACGAGCCGGCCGAGCAGGGCCCUCUUUUAGCCACCUUCGGCCUGACCACACCCUUGUUGACCACAUCCUCCGGCGAAAAGUUUGGGAAAAGUGCUGGCAAUGCCGUAUGGCUUGACAAAGAUAUGCUCAAUUCGUUCGAUCUUUAUCAGUACUUUCUGCGCACGCCGGAUAGCGAUGUAGCCCGUUAUCUUAAACUUUUCACUUUUCUCCCUCUUCAACAGAUCGAUCUAGUAAUGGGACGGCAUGCCCAGGACGAAUCAAAAAGAGUCGCUCAGCACCUGCUGGCAAAGGAGAUCGUCGAACUUGCACAUGGAGCCGCGUACGCGAAGAAAGCUGAAACCGCACACAAGGAAGCAUUUAGUCAAGGCACAAGCACGUUCUCUCUCAGUGCGCUACGACACAGCCUUUCGGUCUUCAAGAACGCCGAAGCCAUUGCCAAAGGUGCAGUAGAGGAGAAGAGCGAGGGAGAGCAACGACUCCUCGCCUACAAACAAGCCUAUGCUGGCUCCACCACCGCACAACCAACCGCAAACUCAUCAAAUGAACCAUCUAAACACAACCCUCCUUCCGAUAUCGUCACUCUCCCACUCAGCCUUCUCAACGCGGGCUCCUUCCCAGGUGUUUUGUACGCUGCCGGCCUUGUCCCUACCAAAAGCGAAGGCCGUCGGCUCAUCCUGAAAAAUGGCGCUUAUGUCGUUGUACCGAAUUCCGGUUCUGUCGAGAACCCGGGCAGCCUGGCGUGGACGCAUAUACCUCAAGCGAUCGCCACUGCAGACCCAAAAUCAUAUCUAGUGGAUUAUGAUGCGCUCAUACUUCGGUCUGGCAAGACCAAGAUUCAGAUUUGUCGCGUUGUCAAAGAGGAGCAAUUUGAAGCAGAGGGACUGACCUGCCCUGGAUGGGAUGAAUUCAAGGCGAAGAGACAGGACGUUGAGCGGCAAAGGUAG